AUGGGUGUCACAAAGCAGGUCAUCACUCCCGGCGACGGCCAGACCAAGCCAAAGGACGGAGACAACAUCACCAUGGAGUACACUGGAUGGCUCCAGGACACCAACUCGCCCACUGGCAAGGGAAAGCAGUAUGUCUUUAGGUGGGAGCAUCCACAUAACGAGAGGCGCUGACCAUGCUUUAGGUUUGACUCCUCCGUCGGUCGCGGCGACUUUGACGUAAGGAUCGGAGUCGGCCAGGUCAUCAAGGGUUAGUCGCGCAUAUCUCGAUGGCUACAAGUCGCUAACACGCAUUGCAAGGCUGGGACGAGGGCGUUGUCAAGGCAGACGGCGGCAUGUCUCUCGGAGAGAAAGCAACUCUUACUAUCACCGGGUACGCCCCGCCCGCGCUUGAUGUCUGUCAGACACUGACAUGACACAGCGAUUAUGCCUACGGAUCCCAAGGAUUCCCAGGUCUUAUUCCACCAAACGCCACUCUGAUCUUGUAAGCCAUCGCUUCGCCAUACGAAAUGAACGAAGACUGACCGAGACGUCUAUCCAGUGAUGUCCAGCUCAAGGCCAUCAACGGCAAGCGUGCCUAA